AUGACUCUACCACCACCCCACCUCCGUACACUCAUAGUCGAUAACUACGACUCGUACACCUUCAACCUGUACCAGUACUGCUGUUCAGCCUUGGGGCGUGACGAGCUGUUGCCGGUUGUUAUUCGGAAUAACCAAUUCACUUGGGACUUUGGAAUAUGCGCCGACCUCCUGAAACACGCAGCAGUACCUAUCCUCGGCGUGUGCCUGGGGCAUCAGGGGUUAGCAGCGAUAAGUGGCGGGCAGGUAGUCCACGCUGCCGAACCCUUCCACGGCCGCACCAGUCCCGUAACCCACACCUCGCACACCCACACCCGACCACCCCAUCAGUCUCUUCGACACGCUCAAGAACCCGUUCAGUGCAGUCAGGUAUCAUUCGCUUGUUGUCUCGCCGGAAGGUUAGAUCAUGAGGCGUGGCUUUUCGGAUUACCGGAAUGUUUGAAGAUCAUUGCAACGACGAAAGGGAAAGCGGGCGAACCGGACGUGAUUAUGGGCCUGGAGCAUAGGGAGAAGCCGAUUUGGGGCGUGCAGUUUCAUCCUGAGUCGAUAUGCACAGAAGAUGGAUCUCGGAUCAUCGAGAACUUUCAUACGCUGGCUGCGCGGUACUGGGAAACCCACGGCAAAAGACCCCACGACGCCCGAGACAUGACCCGCGAAUUCCAAACCCUCUCCGUCCUCCCUGAACCGCUAACUACUCGCACCAACACCACCGACGACAUGAAUGCAAAAAAACCAAUCAUACAUGCUCGGAGAUUGAAGACGCCGUAUGUGGAUGCCGAGCGGGUGUUCACGGAGAUGUUCAGUGGGGAGGAGGUGGCGUUUUGGUUGGAUUCUGCCAAGCUUUUUGAUCGAAUACUGUACCGCCAAACGCACCGUAACCCUCACUCACCCCACCCAGCCCACCCACCCCAUCCGCCCAACAACCCACCUCCUCCCCCCUCCGAAACCUUCUUCACCUACAUCUCCACCCUCCUCUCCACCCGCGGCCUGCACACCGCCACCCUCCAUCCCACGUCCACUUCGAACUCACCACCCUUCCCCUUCACCUGCGGCCUCGUCGGUCUCUUCGGAGAGAUGAAGGAAGAGUCUUUGGGAAGGGAUGUGGCGGCCAAGACAAAGGCGAGGGGACGGAAACAUUUUGGGGUAGAGAAUGGGGGCAGUGUGCCGGAUGCGGCCGGACGGAACUCCUCCAUCACCACCCCGCACGACUCCCCAACCUUCACCCUCGCCCACCCCCACCCCACCUACCUCACCAACGUCCACACCGCCCUUCGCGAAAUCACCAACGGCGAGACCUACGAGGUCUGCCUCACAACCCGCAUCUCCACCCCGCUCCCCCCCUCCCACCCAGACCCUUACACCCUCUACACCCACCUCCGCGCCCACAACCCGGCCCCGUACGGCGCCUUCCUCCGCCUAGGCGCCAACCUCUCCAUCGCCUCCUCCUCACCGGAACGCUUCAUGCGCGUCGAACAAGACGCGACCGUGAGCAUGAAACCGAUCAAGGGGACCGCGAAACGCGCGGAGCGGACCCCGGGGGAGCCCGAGGAUGCCUGGACGAGACGGGACGAAGCUGUUCGGCGGGCGUUGGAGGGGGACGAGAAGAACCGGGCGGAGAAUCUCAUGGUGCAUAGUAGACCUGAUCCGAAACGACCUGAACACCAUCUCCCGCCCGCGCACCGUCUGCGUGCCCGCCUGAUGCACGUCGAGUCGUACGCCACCGUCCAUCAGCUCGUCACCACCGUGCAGGGCCGCCUGCGCACGGAAUUGAAUGCCGUCGAUGCCGUUAUGCAUUCGUUUCCCCCAGGCAGCAUGACGGGCGCCCCGAAGCUCCGCACCGUCGACAUCCUCGAAACGCUCGAGAAAGCCCCGCGCGGGCCCUACUCCGGCGUCCUCGGGUACUUCUCCCUCACCGGGGCCGCGGAGUUCAGCGUCGUCAUCCGGACCGCGGUUGUCACACGGGACGAGAUAUCGGUCGGUGCAGGUGGAGCGAUCAUUGCGCUGUCCGACCCCGAGGAGGAGUACAGGGAGAUGCUGUUGAAGGCGAAUUCGGUGCUGCCGAGGUGA